AUGGCUCUCUCGUUCCUCGCCUCGCCCCCUCCUCUCGUCCGUCCCGUCUGCAGCGCGACCGACCCAACCGCAAUCUCCUACUUCGGCGGCGACCUCCUCGCCUGGGAGCUCAAGGACGACGACGGCCGCGAAGUCGUCCGCAACCGGUUCAAGGCUGGCUCGAAGCACACGGGAAAUGGGAGGAAUGGGACGGCAGUCCCGCCGCUUCACGUCCAUCUCUACGAAACCGAGAUUGAAGGCUCGAUGAGCUAUACUCUCGACGGUAAAGAAGGAGUCGCCAAGCCGGGCGACAAACUCGUCAUCCCGCCCGGCGCAGUCCACACCUUCUGGUUGGACGCCGACGCGAAGGAAGAUUUGGUCAUGACCGCGAAGGCGAUUCGCGGUGACAAACCUGGCUUCGAUCACUGCUUCGUCCGCAACUUCUUCGGCUACCUCUCUUCCUGCGUCGAAGCCGACACGGCUCCCUCACCCUUCCAAAUCUUCCUCCUCCUCGACUCAGCAAACGUCACCCUCGCGGCGCCUCUCGGACUCGGCAAGCUUCUAAACUUGGUCUUCGGACGGGUCGUGGGAGGGUGGUUGUUGGGGUACAAGACGAGCUACAAGGUUUUCGAGGACGACGGGAAGACACACUAG